AUGCCACCAGCUGCGAAAUUGGCCCGAAAACUUUACCAAGAUCGUAUUCAUGAAUUAAGAUCUCAGGUUUCGUCAACCGAACAAAAACUUCGGAACAUCUUCACCGAAAUUGAAGAGAUUAAGGCCGGAAAAUACGAUGAUAAAUUGGCAGAAAUAUUGAAAACGGAAGAUGAACAAAAAAGUCAAGACCAUUCCCUAAAAGAACGGUUUUCGGAACGACAAGAGGAGGAAAAUCCAGAUACAUAUGAUGAAAUUGUAGAAGAAACGGUACUUGUAUCUUCUGCAAAUAUUUCAGAUCAUGCAGGUAGAUCAUCGACUCAACCUAAUAUUGUUGAUAAUAAUAAUGAUGGCUCGAUGGUUAUUGAAGUGCCAGAUGUGUCAGAAGCAAGUUCGGAUAAACGAACAAAGAAUGCUAAUGAAGAGAAAAAAAUAGGAAUGCCUUUUACGGAUAAGAAAUUAGAAUUAAAUAAUGAAAGCGAUAAAUCGCUAAAUAUGAACGAUAGAGAAGGUGCACAGGUAUUAGAAACCACAGGGAAAACAGAAUCAAUAAUUUUUGAUUCUACAGAGGAAAACGAAGUUGAUCAAAAAUCAAAAUUGAUACAUGCAACAGAAGAAUCCUUUACAACAAUUAGAACACCAUCAACGCCACUUACGGAAUCAAACGAGCCUAAAUACGAUGAACAAAUUGAACAAUCAUCAGAAGUACAAAUGAACACGGAAAUUAUGGAAGAGGACAUUCUAAAUGAUUCACAAAAGUCAACAGAUCAAGAUGUUGACAUGAUGGAUAUUGAUGUGAAAAUAAAAGAUAAGAUUGAAGAACCAAUACUUUCACAACUUCAAGUAACUACGACAGAUUUACCUAAGCAUGAUCAAAUAAAAAGGCUUACCAAGGAAAAUAUCUCACCCAUAGAUUCCGAGGAUACACCGCGUGAGGAUACCACUAUGGAUGUAGAUGAGUCAACAACUGAAGUGUCAAACUCUCAGGAUUUGAAAGAAAAUCCACUGCAUGUUCGCUUUUCUGGUAAUAAUUAUGUAACUUCACCAAUACCGAUUAUCGAAGCGAAAAAACUUGACAUUUUCGAACCAACUGGAACAGAUGGGGGAUCAGAUGGGGGAGAGUCAGAUGGAGCUGUUGGAUCGCCUGAUGAACAAGCAUAUGUUAAUGAAUCAGAUAAUGAUAAAGUAUCUAUAACGGAAAUUGAUGUCCGGGACAAUAGACAAAAUCUAACAUUGGAUACGAUCAAAAGUGAAGGAUCCUCAGAUACUACAGAACCAGCAGGAUCAAUUGGCGAAGAAGAAGCUGUUGAAUUAGAAGCAGGAACUGCCAAGACAGAUAUGUCAGAAAUUAAGGAUGAAACUAUUUAUGACGAUAAUAUACAAAUGGCAGAUUCGCAAUCACUCAAUGAAGAAAACGAAGAAAUGAGGUCAACAACCUCACAAGCUGAAUCUAAAGAGCAACUCACACCAUCAGCAACAACAUCCACACAUCACAUGGAUACGAUUACAAAUUCCAGUCCAGGAGACGAAGGAGAUAUUAAUAAGAUGGCAUCACAAAUGAAAGAACACGCCGAGAAUCUAAUUCAAGGAUUUAGAAGUGACGGUUCAGUAGGAAUACAUGAACCUGCAACACGGAGAAAGACAAAAGAAGCGAUAAUACCUCCAAAAGAUGACCGACGGAACUCAACAGAUAAAUCUGGUAUGGGUUCUUCACGCCACGUGGCUACAUCCCAAUCACCAGUUGAGACAUCUGAACAACAAUCCUAUUUUGACUUGCACGGAAACUUUUACCUCGCUGCGCUUGGUGAAACCGUUUUAAACUUUUCUCAACGUAAAACUAUGAAUUCCUUCACCGUUAAUACUGAAACAAAACCUACUGAAACUGUUCAAUACUUUCCUUCCGUGGGUGAACCAGUUAUUGGUCACACUGACGGAAGGUUUGAAGGAGGUUUUAUUCAUAACUUUUAUCAAAUCAUACAGAUUACUAAAAUUUACCUUCAUAUAGAUGAACAAACCGGUCAGGCUGUUGAAAAGUCCCAACGCCUAGCGGUAAAGGAAGAAGAGAGUGCACAAAGCGCUUCUUCUGACGACCAAAAAGAGCACACACCUAUGGGAACAUCACGAGAGCUGGGAUCUGUGUCUCAAAUUCAACUUAACCAAGCAUCAGCAAGUUCAAAUGAUGGAGGUCCACGUGGACGAAAGUCGAAUGUUGGCGCAGCAUCGUCCACAAAGAAAUCAAUUACCAACGGGAAAUCUCGCUCAAAAAAGAUUACUAAAAAUGAUUCACAGAGGAAGCGUGAAAAACCAGAUUCUGGGGAUGAAUUUUACCAGAGCGAUGAUACUCGAGAUGAUAUUGAUGUUGACGAUAAUGUCACUAUAAACACUAUUUCUAAUGACGGAACUAGCAAAAAAUCUAAUUCUCGUUUUACCAAAUUCGAAAGAGAACAAGAAACAAGAUUACAGGAAGCAAUGGAAUUAAUAAACGGCGAAAACGGUGUCGUCAAUGUUUGGGUUUCCGAAAUGAAAAAUAUCGCUUUGUCUGUAAUGACAAAAAUGGAUGAAAAAUUAAAUAAUGAUAGUACUUGUAUUAAAAACUUAAAACUUGAAUUUGAAAAAUAUCAG